AUGAGGCGCUGCGGGAAUGAUCGUGCGGUGGCACUGCUGAGAGCAACUACGGAGGCCAUGCGUCUCGUGAGGCUAAAGUUAAGCCCAGAUCGUACACGAAAUGAAGAAAUACAAGACAGACAGAAUGCAUUUGUGUGGUCAGACGAGCACAUCUUCCGACCACACCAGCACUUCACUCACGACCCGUGCAGUUGGAGCCGAUCAUUGGAACAGAGUAUGAAGAAACAGCGAAAAUUAUCGAUGGUGGAACGGCUGCGUUCGUUGGAGCAGCGCCAAUUGGAGGAAAAGCAGUCGGCAAGUGCUACUGCCGGUGGAUCGAGUAAAUGUGCCAAUCAUAUGGAUGGCGAAAAGGCGGAGGGACCUCGGUUUUAUGGUGCUGUUGGGGAUUCUGAGGACUUAAAAGAAUAUGUCGCGAACGAGGACUACUUUUAUACAAUGCAACAGGAGGAAAAACCAAAUGACCCUCCUCUGCAGGAGCUUGUCGAUGAAGUGCAAAGUCUCCACGUACUCUUAUCAUCACCGAGAUAUGAGGACACUCCACUGGCAACGGUAGAGCGCCUACAGUGUGCGUACAGUGAAGCACUUCGAUGCGUGUUUGACCGUGUGCGUAACGCCAGUGUGGGGAAAACGAUGAGUUGCAACGCGCUACUUUUUUCUUGGAGUCUGCUGCUUCAAGGGCUGCCUGCGUUGCUAGAGUCACUUGCAGAAAAGCGAACUGAAGAGUGUCUGGUUAGGGCUUUGAGUACCGUGCACGAAGCCCUCAACAUAGUUCUGCAAGAAUUCAAUCGAAUUACACAUUCUAAAGAGAGGGUUGAGUUGCUCCCACUUGAGGGGUGGAUUGAGUCUCUCGAUGUCGUCACCCAUCCGCUCACCAACAAGGAUUAUACGAGUUUAAAAGGCAAUAUAAGAUUACCUGAGUCGUCAUUCAAACCCCAGUGCAAACUCGACAGCGCCACGGUGGAGUUUGUCCACUCCCGCGCUAUACAAGCGGCUGCAAUAAGGAUGAUAGAAAACGACCAGUCAGAUGUGGAAACUGAACCACUGGACCCGUACCAUCUCUAUAUUCUUCUACGGUGCAUGGUGCGCCUGGCAGAGAAGGGGGUCAAUGACUCCCAUAUUCAUCGUGCUGCGCUGCUCACGGGAAUGGUGGGUGAGAGGAUUUUUUCUUCUCUUGAACGAACUGUAGCGCCCCCUCGUCGUUACUCGUUGCGCCAUGCGCUUCUGGGGAAGCAACUGCGCGACGCAUCGAAACCCCACGCGAUCCCACUUGAUGUGUGUGCACCGCCAGGCGGAGUGAAAAAGCCGCCAACGGCUGCCGACGAUGUGCUCCUCCUCACUCGCGCUUGCACGUUACUAAUGAAUGUUGCGACUAAUGUGUUACCCCAAACUAAGUUUAAGGUGUUGGAAACAGUUGAUACGGUGUUGAAGACAUUGUCAUAUGCACCAAACUACGACCUUAGCACCGCUGAUACUGUGAUUUUUUCGAAUAUGGUGUUGGAAGAACUUCAUCAUGUGGACGAAGCGAGCGCAACAGAUCGGCACCUCCGCGUUCUUCUGCUUCUAUCGCGACUGCGGUUGUCGAUGUGCGCAGACCGUAGUGCUCUGAGUCAUUUGUUAAGUUGCCUAUGCAACCUGUUGCCUCCUCACUCUAUUCAGCAAGACAAGCUUCGGGAGUGGAAACGACUUCGUGGACUUGUCAUGCGGCAUUUACUUUAUUCUGUACGGGGCGAGGAGGUCGAGCAACAUUACACAAGAGUGCUCAAGUCAUCUGAAACAUGGGUAGAACAUUUAGCGUUCGGGCAGUACAGUGGUGGCUUACCCCUAUCCCUCUGGUUGGAAGCUUGUCACAUAUAUUUAACAGCAGGGAGGAAGUUGACAGUUUCAUGCGCUGAAGCUCUCAUUACACUGCGUGGGCGCUGCAAAGAUGGUGGUGUGCUUCGCAGUUCCAAUUCUGCUGGUGUUUGUCCGCUGGAUUUUGUUUCAGUGACCCUUUUAGCGCAACUACUCGAAGUUGUUUCGCAUGGGUGCUGCUCCGCUGAUGACCUCGUUGCCUCCCCGGUUGCAUGGGAUAAGGUGAGACAGACAAUCCAAGGGGCAAUUGGGGAGGAUGAAAAUACAAUACAGCUGUUGCGGGCUGGACGCCUUUGUGUGGCGGACAGGCAAGCUACAGGGAGUUUGGUUACGACGUAUCCUUAA